AUUGCGCGCGUAACUGAACGCACGAGCUUGACAUUAGGCCAUUGCAAUUUCAAGCGGACAGACAAUGACUGAACGAAAAUUUCUUAUUUGAAGUUUCAUUCGGUUCAUAGUUUGUGCGGUCAGCAUACAUACAAAUACAAGCGCGACAGUAAAGCCGGAGAAUAACGCCAUUUGCGUAGCAUACAGAAAUUAUAGAGAAUCAUUCUCUCAUUUUUUUGCCGUUUCGCAGAUAAACAAGUACUAGGAAAUUGAAAAUUGUGAAAUUGCCACCGAGUGGACUGGACAGUUGAUAUUGAUAGUUUGUUAAAUCGGUUGUGUGAAAGCGAGAAAAUCAUCCAAGAUGACUCAUUUUCAUCAAAUCGCCAAUCUUCUGGAGAAGAUGACAUCCAAUGACAAAGACUUUCGGUUCAUGGCUACAAAUGAUUUGAUGACCGAAUUGCAAAAAGACAGCAUCAAGUUGGAUGACGAAUCAGAACGGAAAGUGGUUCGCAUGGUAUUGCAUUUACUCGAAGACAAAAAUGGUGAAGUACAGAAUUUGGCGGUGAAAUGUUUGGGUCCGUUGGUCAACAAAGUGAAGGAGAAUCAGGUGGAGACUAUAGUCGAUUCGCUGUGUGCCAAUAUGGUGUCGAAUAAUGAGCAACUGCGUGAUAUAUCAAGCAUUGGUCUGAAAACGGUCAUAUCAGAAUUACCGCAAACACCAAACACUCUAGCGCCAAACGUGUGCCAACGUAUUACGGGCAAAUUGAGCGCUGCCAUCGAAAAGGAGGAUGUUUCAGUGCAACUCGAAGCAUUGGAUAUUCUAUCUGAUUUGCUCUCACGUUUUGGUGAUUUGCUGAUUCCGUUUCAUGACACAAUACUCAAAGCACUGCUUCCGCAAUUGUCAUCACAACGACCAGCCGUACGAAAGCGUACGAUUGUUGCUUUAUCCCACUUGCUCAUUAGCUGCAAUGCGAAUGUCUAUGACAAAGUCAUUGCACAUUUGAUUCAAGGACUUGAGGCACGACAAAAUCAAAAUUUGAUUCGCACCAACAUUCAAUGUUUGGCCUCCAUUUGCCGUCAAGCUGGUCACCGCUUAUGCAGUUAUAUCGACCGCAUUAUGGUGCUGGUGAACGAAUUCAGCCAGAAAGAUGAUGAUGAAUUGCGCGAAUACUGCAACCAGGCGUGUGAGGCAUUCGUACAACGGUGCCCCGAAGCAAUUACACCACAUAUUAAAUCGAUUGUGGAUUUGUCUUUGAACUACAUCACAUACGAUCCAAAUUACAACUACGAAGCCGAUGAUGCGGCUGCUGCAAGUUUUAUGGAUACAGAAGACGAUGAAGAUGUCGACAGUGAAGAGUACAGUGAUGACGACGAUAUGAGCUGGAAAGUGCGUCGUUCGGCUGCCAAAUGUUUGGAAGCCGUUAUUUCGACACGACCAGAUUUAGUGGAAGAUUUUUACAAGAUCUUAUCACCGGCUCUCAUCGCACGCUUUAAAGAACGCGAGGAAAAUGUCAAAUCGGACAUUUUCCAUGCAUACAUCGCGCUGUUGCGUAUCACCAAGCCACAUGAUGAUAUCACUAAUCCAGAUGCCAUGGAGCAAGUAUCGAGCCCAGUUCAGUUGUUGCAAGAACAAGUUCCUGAUAUCGUUCGAAACAUUCAGCCACUGAUGCGUGAAAAAUCAGUAAAAACACGACAAGACUGUUUCUUGCUGUUGCGUGAACUAUUGAACGCCUUACCCGGUGCAUUCACCAAUAACUUUGAACUGCUGAUGCCGGGCAUUCAACAUUCGCUGAGCGAUAAGAAUUCCACAUCGAACAUGAAAAUUGACGCAUUGGGUUUCCUGUGUUGUAUGUUGACCACACAUAACUCAGCCGUUUUUCACCCACACAUCCCCACUUUGGUAUCACUGAUCCACGCUUCGGUAUUCGAUCCGUUCUAUAAAAUUGCAACAGAAGCUCUUCUCGUUUUGCAGUACCUGGUCAAAGUUAUUCGACCAGUUGAACAGAAUACACAAAUUGUUCCCGAAUUCACGCCAUUCGUUGGCAAAAUUUACGAAUGUACGCUGCAAAAAUUGAAGUCACAAGAAGUUGACCAAGAAGUGAAAGAGCGAGCCAUUAUCUGUAUGGGCCAAAUUAUUUCGAAUUUGGGCGAUGUUUUGAAUGCCGAACUAGCUGUUUGUCUACCAAUAUUUCUGGAGCGUUUGCGUAACGAGGUGACACGCUUAAGCGCUGUUAAGGCACUGAUUAUGAUUGCCGGCUCGCCAUUGCGAGUCGACCUAACAGCGAUUUUGCAUGAUAUCAUUCAACUACUGGGUUCAUUUUUGCGAAAGAACCAACGUGCUCUGAAACUUAACUCACUUUGGUUGUUAGACGCUUUGGUCAAUAACUACAACACAUAUAUUAACCCCACUUUGUUGAAAGAUGCCAUCGCUGAAAUCCCACCACUGCUCAGUGAAGCCGACUUGCAUGUUGCCCAACAAUCAUUGGUUCUCAUUACUUCGACGGCUCGAUUUCAAAGCCAAGCUUUGGCCGAAACAUAUCGCGCCAUUUUGCCCGAAGUAUUGAAUUUGGUUCGAUCACCAUUGUUGCAAGGCACUGCAUUGAAUUGCAUGUUGGAUUUAUUCCAAGCUCUUGUGCAAGCACAAUUGCCUGGCUUGGGUUACAGACAAUUGUUAGAUAUGCUCCGCUCGCUCGUUAUCAACCAAUCGCCGACUCAACAAUUGCACAAGCAUGCUUUCCAUUCGAUCGCUAAGUGUGUUGCGGCCCUAACACUUCAGGUUCAAGAUGAAGCGGUACCGUUGGCAAACGAAUUGCUGGGUGAUAUUCAGAAAAAACGCAGUGACGCACAUACUGUCUUCUGUUUGCUCACAAUUGGCGAAAUCGGUCGUCAUUUCAAUUUGUCCAUAAUUGAGCCGCUGCCUCAGUUAAUAAUCCAAUGCUUUGGUGGAACAUCAGAAGAUAUCAAAGGUGCUGCAUCUCAUGCGCUCGGCGCUGUUGCUGUCGGCAACUUGAACUAUUACCUGCCGUACAUUUUGAAUGAAAUCGAAACACAACCAAAACGACAAUAUUUGUUAUUGCAUUCGUUGAAAGAGCUGAUUAGUUCUUUGUCACAAACACCAAACGGCCUGCAGCAGUUGCUUCCAUCGGUUCCGUCGAUCUGGACGCAACUGUUCAAACACUGUGAAUGUCCCGAAGAAGGUGCACGAAAUGUCGUUGCCGAGUGCUUAGGAAAAUUGGUGUUGGUGAAACCAGAAGAACUGUUGCCACACUUGCAACAAGCUUUGACUAAUGGUAGCCCACUUAUGAAGACAGCUGUAGUUUCAGCCAUAAAAUUCACCAUCUCAGAUCAACCGCAACCAAUUGAUGUUUUGUUGCGACAAUGUAUUGGUCAAUUCUUGUGCACAUUGACAGAUCCAGAGCCGUCAGUGCGUCGUGUUGCUUUGGUUGCAUUCAAUUCGGCUGUUCACAAUAAACCAAGUUUGGUAAGAGAUUUGUUGCCUACCCUUCUGCCACACUUGUAUGAAGAAACAAAGGUCAAACAAGAGCUGAUUCGCGAAGUGGAAAUGGGUCCAUUCAAACACACAGUUGACGAUGGGUUGGAUAUUCGAAAAGCCGCCUUCGAAUGCAUGUACACAUUGAUUGAGCAAGGUCUUGAUCGCGUUGACAUCAACCAGUUCCUUGAACAUGUCCAAGCUGGCUUAAAAGAUCAUUAUGACAUCAAAAUGCUGUCUUAUCUGAUGACAGCUCGUCUUGCUACACUUUGUCCCAAUGCCGUGUUGCAAAAACUUGAUUUGUUCGUUGAACCCCUUCGAAUUACGUGCACGAUGAAGGUCAAAGCAAAUGCUGUUAAGCAAGAAUACGAAAAGCAAGACGAAUUGAAACGAUCAGCUCUUCGAGCACUGGCCGCACUGGCAGCAAUCCCCAAAGCUGAUAAAAACACACAGAUGGCUGAUUUCUUGAAGUACAUUCAAAAUACGUCUGACCUAGCUACCGUUUACCAAAACGUGCAAAAAGAUUCGGUAAAUGCCUUGAACAGUAACGUCGCCAAUUCAUCGUCAUUGGUAUUGGAUAACUCGAUGGAUCAAAGCUAGACCUGCCGCGCAUCAUCUAGUGAUACAUUUACAGUUAAAUCAUUCGAACAAAAUCAUGUCGAAUUAAAAGAAAACAAUCAAACGAAAGGAUUUUCUCUAAAAAGGCGCAUUUCAUCAUUAGGUACUACUACUACAUAAUUCAAAAUUAUUUUUAUUUCAAAAGAAAAAAUUUGAUUUUCUAUUUCAUCAUACGUUCAAAGUGAACCUCCUUUUUAAAACACAAUCAUGAAAAUAGCAUAUUUAUUUCAGUUUUUCUCUCUAAACCGAUUGCGUCAGUACUAAAUACGAAUUCGAAAAUCUUUCUCGACGCAUAUUCUAAGAUUAGAUUGUACCAACCUUUGCAUUUUCAAAGAGCAAUUGAUUAAAUAAAGAUGAUUCUAAAAAAAAAAAAA